ACAGCGAAUGUAAACAUGAUUAAGGAAGUAGUUUAAUCUGAAUUCUAUUUUCUCUUUUAAAUCUUCUGAGGUUGUCUGAAGUUUAUCAAUAAAUACGUUAAAUUAUUUUGUUGAAAAAAAAUCUUGGUCAGAAUUUACAGAAAGAAGUACAAAUGACAGACGAAGCGCGUGUUGAAAGCGGGGAUGAACGUGACUCAGAAUCAGACAACAGAGAAGAUGACCUCGACCGAACUGACCGCUUUGUAGAAACUGGAGAAAACCCUGAAUUUUUCAAAAGCAAAUCUUUAAGUAAUUUGAAACCGUUUUACAAUGGUUCUGUAUUGGACAACCGAAUGACCGAAAUCCGAAAAUCGAUAUAUUACAUACGGCAAAACUGGAGCGAAUUCGAUACAUUUUUGACAACACUAAAGCAGCUUUUGCUCGAAAAUGGCUCCAUAGAGUUCAAGGACGAAACUACCAGAAAACAUGCCGAAAGGUUAUUUACAUCGAAACGAGACUGGAUGACGGGUGAAGCUGUCCGAAAUCAAGAUGUUUCUUUUGAAGCUGUCAAACUUUACACUUCAAAAGAGGGACACUCAAGAAUAUAUCGCGUCAGCAACCAGAUAUUUCGGCAUGAAGAUUCGGUAGUGUCGGUUGAAAUGAUCAGAAGUGUGGUAUUCCUGGUGGAACUAAUCAAUAUAGACUUGUUUAACUACUGCUUGAAAUGUCCACAGCAGUCAAACUUCCAGGGCGUGGUUUACAGGGGCCUUUGUCUUACCGAUGCAGAUUUGGCAGCUUUUAAGACCCUACGAGAUGAACCAAUCAGCAAACGAAACAUAGCGGUUCCCCUCGGACUUUUCUCAGCAAGUUCAAGUCUCAAAGUUGCCAGGAAGUUCAUUAAACACCAACUGAAGGACGUUAAGUCGGAGGACACGACCUUAAAACCACUUGUUGUUAAAGUCCAUGUCAUAGGUCUAAAACCUGAAUACAUAAACCAUUACAGCAGGAGGUUCCCAUCUGCCGUCCUCACUACGAUCUGUGCUGUCGACAUACACAAACUUUCAAGGCAUCCUAAAGAAAUGGAAGUUCUUUUGAGAGGACCAUUUAUGUUAAUUUUAGAUAUGUAUGAGGACGAACUGGACAUCUUAGGCAAACCAUGUAACAUUCUGGAGGCAGUUAUGCUUAAUGCCAACAGGGAUCAUAUUUCCACUUCAUUUUUAGGUGACCUUGACACUUUGGCACGUGACAUGUUCGCUGCCAUGGUAACCGUUACCAGAAGUGAGUUUGCUUUGAAAUUUUGUCAAGAGAAAGGACUCGGGACGGAUGAAAAUGAGUACAGAACAAUCUUACAAGAAAGCAGCGAAAAGUUACGAAAUUUGCUAAAAGAAUGACAACAAUUUCAUGACUUGCGGGGUUGGAAAGAAGAUACGUGCGCAGAAAAAAACUGUUAUUCAAAAAGAACCAAUAUAUUUCUUUCUCUCAUUCUAACUCCCAACGAACAAAACGAUUAGACAUGUACAAUACAAUAGACUGACAAGUGUUCACAACUACAUUUCUUCAGUGAGCUUCGGCAAUUUCCGUCACAGACGUACAUUUACGAGUAUGAUCGAUUCAAUACCGGAUGUCAAACACUAAUAAAUAAAACCAAACAUAUCCGAGUGUAACGCAUGUGCGAAGGUUAAGUGUUAAAGUUAUGAAACGCCGCAUCGGACAUUACAAUUAAACCAUAAUAAAUGUUCGACCUGUGACAAACGCUUACCAAUAUUUCAAACGGCUAAAACAGAACGAUUACCGGAAAAUACAGGCCUUGGGCAUACCGUGCAGUUGCAGCAAAUUAUUCAUUUUCCGCUCCCUUCCCUACCUGUCUCUUUCAUACAAGUGUCACACCUUAAAAAAAUUAGCUCUAUAAACGUCUACAUUAACAAUGUUAAAUGCAUAUUCGUGCUUUUGACUCAGUGUUGUUACAUCUUUGGUCUUUUUGGACCGCCGAGUACAUUCAAUUUUACUAGUUAAGCCGGUGCUAGUGGUCGUGGACGUGGUCGUGGUGGGGUGGGGGAUUAAACAUUUCAAUACCUCCCACGAACAGACUCAAUCAAUCCGAGUCUGCUAUCAUUUUUCUUGGUGGCUUUUCUCUGUUUCCGAAUGAUCGUCGUACAGAUUUCAAAUGAUUAAUUACAUUGGAUAUAUAGAGUAACCAAUUCUAGAACAAAUAGAGGAUGAUCAAAAUGGCAAGACCGAAAAGUGGAACCCCUGUUUAGCAUUGUACAUGUAUUGAAGACUUUAAGGAAAUACUUUUAUGUAAAUUUGUGAGAUUACAAGUCACAAAACUUUAAUAUAUGCAUAAUACAAACAAUUAUUUUGACACGAAGUUGUUUGUAUAAAAAUCUUUCUGAGCUAACUAAAAUUCAGAUAUCAGGCAGUAAAUUACUUUGAAAGUCCAUCCAGAUAUACAAAAUCACUUGAUUUUUGCUUAGAUCUGUCAAACAGCUUUGUCGGGCGGUCGUCGUAACCAAACAAUAAACAAUCUUGUAACACAAACAUCCUCAACCUCUCCAUGUCCUCCAGCGGUACCUGACUGUACGCCUGUACGAGAGCUUCUGCCCUCUGCAGUUUUACUUCUGUACGGUUCACUGGAAUGUCUAGCGCUUUCUUUAUAGCUUCCAUAUAUUCCUCUUUCGUUAUCGUAUCUACGUCAGCUUCAUUAAAAGGAAAUGCAAUAUGUUUAGAAAGAUGACCUCGUAUUUGCAAGUCUCUCCAUGUCCGGAGCAUGAUUUUAAUAAACGGAAAUUUGAUCUCA